CAUAAACAAAGUGAUUAUAUUAAAUAUAGGGGGCUUGGUAACGCUGUACUAAUUAGUGUAAUGGCGUAGACAUACAUUCCUAAUACAUGUAUCGCCAAGGUUUUGAAUCAUGCAUGUGCACACACAUAGUAACGUGAAGUUGAAGUACCGAUAUAUCCUGUUACAACGUUAUAUGCUGUGUAGUGUGUACUAAUGUUAUAUCAGUCGACGUCGUGCUAUUACUUGCUGUCGUUUUGAACAAUGCACCACUACCUAUCUUAAGCUUGUACGAUUUUGGAAUUGUACAUAUUACCCUCUUGAAUAUCUGCCCAACUAAAAAUACUGGCAGGUUCAGUACUUUACCUAAGGUCUACCUGUAACCAAACGCACCGGUAAGGUUAUCACAACUUGUACCUUUCUCAGUUCUCCAGUCGACUGGCUAUGGGAGCGUUUAAGUGGUUCUCAAUAGCCUUAUAAGAAUAUCGCCCCGUCUUAAGAACGUAUCGCCAUUGUAAUUAAUCCUCUUGACGACUUAAAUCAGUAAACAAGUCUUGUGGACAAAACAAUGAAGUUCUCUUCAGGUUGUUGGUUACCUAGUGGAGUAUGUGAGGAUUUUAAAUCCCUCAAAAUAUCCUACUUAAAUCUAAAUUACAAUCCUUAAUAAUUUUCGCGCGUUGAAAUCAUAUAAAUGUUUACAAAAUCAUAUAUAUGGCAAACACGACACUCUGAACUUUGAACCGCCUGUAAGUGACCCACGCAGACCUGUAUGCCGUGAUCAUACAAACAACACACCUCACCUGCGGGGCCUAGCAACCAGCCUAGCAACAGACGCUUCCCGGUGUGGGACAGGCGCAACACACCCCGGUCUAUACGUGCUAACAGGUGCGGAAAGAACGUCAGAUAUCGUUUCAAAAAUUUGCCAGACAGUAUUUUACGAAGAGUUUUUCGUUCCCUUUCUGUGCUCGGGAUUAUCUGGUAAAUUCGACAAGAAAUCGCGGAGUGGUCAAGAGAGAAAAAGAAGACGCAUCGAAGCUGUUUUAGCCCCCCUCCCACCUUUUCAGUCUACACCAGGACUUCUCCUGUGCUUUGCAAGCCUAGAGCGACGUUUUUGGACGGGAAGACUUUUUGAAAAUGACGGAGUCAGGGCUGCGGCCGCGUCCGGAGCUGGACAGACUGGUCAUGCCGGACCCUAACGCCGGCGGGAACACCGUCCAGCAGAUAGAACUGGCGAGGAGACUCAGACACUCCAAGUUCCCUACGCUGAAGGGUCGUGCAGAUGUGGACAGUUUCCAGGAGCUGCGCAGCGCAGCUAACCAGCAGUGGAACCCCAAUGCUGCGGCGCCUCACGGGGGGUACCCUGCAGCCCCCAUGAGGGACAACAUCCCCAUCCUGGAACCCUGCAGCAUGUUUGUCAGUCCUGCAGCUGAGGUGGACAGACUCACAGUUUUGCCACCAGUGGGUCAGCCCUGGGAGGCAGACAUACAGGGCCAUGAGUUUGAGGAUUGGAUCAACUACUAUGGGAGGACUCAGAUGCCAUCCAUGGUCCAGCAUGAAAUCCGACCAAACACGGCCAAGCCUGCCUCGGUACCCCCUCCCUCCAGAAACGUGGUGGACACGUUACCGAAGUCUGCGCCCGCGGGGUCGUGGAACGCCAGGAGUAUCCCCGACGUCAGCAUCAGAGCCAGGCUGGGGGGGUGGACCAGCCAGUCCAGGGUCACCAAGGGGGCCCCCAGGGAACCUGAGAACCUGCAGACGCACAACUUCUGGUUCGAGGAGAACAGACCACCAACACUAGAUGGUGAUGCCAAUGACAGAGGAUGGAGAGACCAGGCUGCCAGGAAGUACAUGUACACCUCCUCACAGCAGAGUGCGUACGAGACGGUGGACUGGGACAAGAAGCUCCCAGACAAGGUGCACCCUCCCACCGGCACCCUGGAGCUGCAGCCUGACCAGAUCUCCUACAACAUGACACACAAGAGGUACAUGCCCAGGGCUGAGGAGUGGCAGCGGCUGGGGAGGGCCUGGGACUGGUUCCAGCACAGGGACAACUACACUCCCGCCAGGCCAGUCACAUUCAUGAGCCACUCCAAGAAGGUUAACCACAUCCCGUACUACGACGGACACCUCCCCGGGUACGGUGAUAAGGACUAUCCCGACACUGGGUAUCAGCCAAUCACAGUCCUCAGGCUGAGCAAGCCGCGGUACACCGAUACGGCCCACAGACCCAACAUCCCUGGGUACGCAGGCUGCGUACACUGGCUCGCCACACACCCUGCUCACGCCCCUCCCAAACAGGGCAAGCCAGAGAUGCCUACAACAGCACGGGAACACAGGAGGAUGCCAUACUCACCGAACGACUCUGAACACAAGCACAUGUCCACCAUGUCCAACAUGGUCACCACUGUGCCACCAUUCAACCCAUUCAACAAGGUAGAGAGGCAAGACAUCGACAUCACCAAACUACCAACGGCAGUGUCUGCUUAUUAGGUUCACAUGGAGAAGUAACUGUUCUAGAUUUCACAACAGGGGUUUCGCUAUAGCUAGCAAGGAAAUAGAUAUGUUAAGAUCUGGAGUUAUUCAAGACAACAGAAACAUAGAAAAAGUGUACAGAAAUUGAUACUUUUCACAAAAACCUAAGGGCUAUACCUAUGGAGUAUUUAGAGGUAGUUAGGUAUUAUUUUGAAGACAGGGAAAGGGGCAUAGAAAAACCUGAACAUAUGAUGUGUGUGCUACAUGCUUGAAAGACUACUGUCUGGAUUCUGAAGUUUCAAGGUAAAAGUACACACAACAUACAUACAUAAGUUCUUGGGAACAAUCCUAGAUAAAGUGCUUGCUACAAAAAGAUUUUCAAGUAAUGAUACAAGAGCAUGGCAUAGACCUGAUGCAUUAAGAGUUAUAAUCAAGAUCAAUUUGCUUGACGCCUUGACCACAAUUUGCAUAUAGCACACUUUGCUUGAAAGAGCUGAUUUUAUAGGAAAUGAAAGAGAAAACUUUAAGCUAUUCUAAAGAGUGAAAAAAAAAUAUUAUAAAAGUGAUAUAUUGACACUGUCUUUUACAAACACUUUUAAUGAUAUAUUAAUCAAAAUGAAAGGCUUGGAUUGUUUCAGUACCACAUGUUGUUUAUUCUAAUGGCUCCCAUGCUGCUAUUCUUGGAUAAGUAUAGGUUAUGUUAACUGUUUGAUAUGGAAAAACAUUACACCGUGUUAAGCACUGCAUUUGGAAAGCAUUGAAGGGCUGGAUUUGAACUGUAACUGGAUUUCAACUGGUCCUCUAGGAAGAACGGCCUACAUGUUGGCCGAUAGGGCUUACCAGUAUACAUAAAGGUGAACUGAACUGAACUGAACUGUAAAGUAAAACAUAAAGUGUGUAUUGCUGCUAAACCAAUUGUGUACAUAUCUUACCAAUUCCAGUGGAGUGUUUUGACACUUCUACAUUGUUUGCUGUUCCAUACAGAUAUGUUUACAGGACAUUUUUCCAGUGCCAUUCAUUUGCAGUGGAUAUCUGGAGAGUUUGUAUAGUUACUGUACAUAAUGUGUAUUGACACUUUUUGCUAGAUUGAAUUUUUUUGAAAGGUUUGCACCAAUAAAGUUGCACUCCACUGAAGUCACCAAA